CAGCGAGUGGAGGGGCUCUUACAGCGACUCUGGAGCCUCCCACAGGUGCAGAAGAGCUCAGCGCUGCUCCUUCCCAUGAGGAAUGUGUGGGGGAUGCUGAAGAGCGUGGGAAAAGCAAGUUGGAUGAAUCUCACAGCCCCAUGGAAGUGGUUGCCAGUGGAUCAAGAAAUCCUGAUUUAUCGAGCAGUACCUUCCAACCAGGAGCCGCUGGUUCCCAGACAGCGCCGGGCUUUGUGCAGGACAGAGGGGCUAGUAAGGUGCAAGAUGCUAAAAAUCCUCUUGCCUGGUCUUCAGAGAAGCUUCUUCCCCGCACCUCACAGCUCCCUGAGAAGCCCAGGGUGUGUGUCCAGCGGCCGCGACUGAGGUCGAUCUACCCAGACCUGUCGGCUGAGCUGUCCUACGAGAGACCCACCAUCAUGGCAGUGAAACCCCUGCUGCACCACGAGAGGCUGUACCCAGAGCUGCCCAGCGAGCCAGAGCUGGUGCCCUUCACCAGGGAGCAGCUGAAGAUCUUCGAGCCCUGCUCGUGGCUGGAGAAUGUCGACUCCUAUGCCGAGGAAUUCGAAAGCGUGGCCCAUCAGGACAGGCACGAGUUCUACGAGCUGCUCCUGAACUACAUGCGCUGCAGGAAGCAGCUGCUGCUGGCUGAGGCAGAGCUGCAGGCCAUGACAACUGACUGCCAAAAUUUGAAGGGGAGACUAUGGACUUUCAAAGAACAGCAGAAGACUGUGCAGGGUGUCUGUGCAGACCAGUGCAAGGUGACGGGUCACCAUCGCUACCAGACCGUGGAGAUGAACGAAGGCGUGCUGGGGGAGCUGAAGAAGCUGUUUGAGGCCAAGGCAGAGCACGUGCACCAGACCCUGGCCCUGCACUCGUACACCUCGGUGCUGUCCCGGCUCCAAGUGGAGUCCUACGUUUACAGGCUGCUCAUCAGCUCGUCCCUGCUGAGGUCUGUGGCCCUUCAGCAGCAAGAACAAGUUUUAAAGCAGUCAGAGAACCUUUCUUCAGACUUGAGCCACUUGAAGGAAUGUAUCAGCGUCCUCUUCAGCUUCACUCGCAGAGUUAUUGAAGAUCCUCAGUUUCAGAGUGACCUUCUCAUGUGGCUGCAGAGACUGGGGUCUGUGCUGCAAAGAGUUGGCUGCCCUGGUGACCAUCUCUUCCUCUUAAACCACAUCCUUCGGUGUCCAUCUGGGAUCAGCCAGUGGGCUUCUCCAUUAAUUCAGAUCAAGGUCUUGGAUAACCCGUCGGGUGUCUUUCAUUUCAUGCAGUCUCUUGCCUUGCUGAUGUCUCCUGUCAAAAAUCGUAUGGACUUCAUGUGCCAUAUGAAACCAAGGAAGAGUUCCUCUUCAUCUGGGAAGGAAUCUGGGAACUGGACCCUGGUAGACGAAGGAGGAGAAGAGGAUGAGGAUCCUGAAACAAGCUGGAUUCUGCUUUCGGAAGACGACUUGAUUGCUCUUUUGUCACAGUUUCCAUUCCAUGAGCUCUUUCAGCAGUUCCUCGGGUUUAAGUCUGGAGCUGCUUAUUUUCCUGAGAAAACAUCUCCUCAGGAGAUGAUGAAGAUUUUUGCCUUUGCAAACUCCUUAGUGGAAGUUCUGUCUGUGGGGUUAGAAACAUUUAACAGAGCACGGUACCGACAGUUUGUGAAGAGAAUUGGUCAUCUCAUCAAGAUGAUACUUUGUCAUGUGAGUGACCACUGGGCCCAAUACGUUAGUGGCAACAGACACUCUGGACCAGUAGCACAUCCCUACUCUCUGGAAAAAUUGCAACUGGAGUUUGAUGAGCUGUUUUUUAGGACUGUUCUACAUGUUCUGAAGGCCAAAAGGUUGGGAGUCUGGUUGUUCAUGUCCGAGAUGCCUUAUGGGACGCUAUCCAGCAACAUGCUUUGGAGGCUCUUCUUUGUCAUGCACUGUGCUGAGAACGAGAACCUGGAAGAGCUCUGCUCUGCCCUGCAACCUGCUGACUGCAAGCAAAGACUCAAAGACCCACAGCACCUUGAAAAUUUUGAAAAGUAUCUCCAGUCAAUGAACUGCUCGGAAGAAAUCUGUCUGCUCACCACAUUUGCUCAGAUGGCACAAACCAAACGUGCCGAUGUUGAUGAGGAUUUUAUCAAAAUCAUUGUUCUGGAGAUAUAUGAGGUGUCCUAUGUUAGCCUUGCCACAAGAGAGGCGUUUUCCAAAGUCGGUCGAGAACUCCUGGGAGCCAUUGCCAGCAUCCACACACAGAUUAUUUCCAUACUGCUGGAUCGAAUCAGAGAGACCAUUGAGAAGGUUGGGAUGGUCUCUUUGUACCUGUUUAAAGAGCUGCCAUUGUACCUGUGGAAGCCUUCCGCAUCCGAGAUAGCGCUGAUUCGUGACUGGUUAUUAAAUUACAGCCUGACAGCAGUGGAGAACAAGCUUGCCUGCAUUAUCCUAGAAGGGCUGAACUGGGGAUUUGGGGAGCAGGAUACUCUUCAUCUGGAUUCAGCUGUCCAUUCUGAAGUUGCAUUGAUGGUCCUGGAAGCGUAUCAGAAAUAUCUCUCUGAGAAACCAUAUGCUGGGCUGCUUUCUGAAAGCAUAAAACAGGUCUCCUACUUAGCCAGCAUCGUUCGGUACGGGGAAACACCGGAGACUUCCUUCAACCAGUGGGCUUGGAGUUUGAUUCUGAGGCUGAAGCUGCACAGGAACGACCGCGGGGUGCCGCAGGGCGGGCCGCCCGUGCCCGUGUGCGACAGCGCGCUCGACACGGCCGAGUCGGUCACGCUGCACCCCCUGCUCAAGGCUGUGAAGGCAAACAUCCCCAUAGGCUGCUACCUGGCACUGGCCAUGACCGCCCUGGGGCACAGCAUUGAGAAGUUCUGUGCUGAAGGGAUCCCUCUUUUGGGUGUACUCGUCCAGUCUGGACAUCUGAGAACAGUAGUGCACGUGCUGGAUAAAAUUUUACCCUUGUUUUACUCUUGCCAGUAUUACCUCCUGAAGAAUGAACAGUUUUUAACUUACAUCAAACUGUUCCUUCAUCUGGACAGUGGAGUCCCUCAAGGAGUUACCCAGCAGGUUACCCAUAAAGUGACACAGCACUUGACAGGUGUGAACUACGGAGAAAACAUUAAGCUGCUCAGUAGUAUGAUACAGACUCACAUUUUUUCAAGCGACCGGCCAAAUGGAGUGGGGCCAGCUGCAGUACUGGAGUUCUGGGUCCAGGUCCUCACCAGCCAGCAGCUGUGGCACAGGGACAGGGCAACACUCUGCUUGCUGGAUGGCUUGUGUAAAGCUGCUUUUCAGUACGGCCAAGAGGACUGUGUGCAAAAGCUGCUUUACCAACAGCACAAGAAUGCUUUGGGCUAUCACUGUGACAAAAGUCUGCUGUCUUCUGUUGUUAGCUGGAUCGUGGCAGGCAAUGUGACACCAUCCUUCGUGGAGGGCAAUGCCAAUCCCUCUCAGGUCUGGUUUUCAUGGAUGGUGUUAAAUAUGGAGUCAAUAUUUGAGGAAGAUUCACAGCUUCGCAGAGUUGUGGAGGGGGAGCUGGUUAUUAAUGCUUUAACUCCUGAUCAAGCUUUGAAGAAAGCCCAGGACCAGCUGAAGCUGCCCAUCGUCCCUUCCCUUCAGAGGCUCAUGAUCUACCGCUGGGCUCACCAGGCCCUUGCUACCCCGGCAGAUCACCCUCUCAUGCCACUGAUCUGGCAGAAAUUCUUCCUCCUGUACCUUCACCGACCGGGACCACAGUACGGGCUACCUGUAGAUGGCUGCAUUGGGAGGCAUUUUUUCCAGAGUGCAGCUCACGUGAACUUGCUGAAGGAGAUGAAGCAGCGGCUGAUAGAGGUGGCAGACUUCCACCACGCUGCCAGCAAAGCACUGAGGGUGGAGAGCCCUGCUGAGGGCACUGACAGGUCACCAGAGAAGGCCAGCUGCUCACCUGCGUACCUGACUUCACCUGCGCUGCAUAAGGAGCUUGUCAGGCUUUGUAAUGUUUUAGUUUUGUGGUUGGAAGAAGAGAGUUUCCAGAAAGGAGACACAUACAUUCCCUCUUUACCAAAGCAGUUUGAUGUACACAGACUUGCUAAAAUCAUGCAGAAUCAACAGGAUUUGUGGAUGGAGUAUGUCAAUGUGGGACUCAUACACCACGAGUUUCAGGAAGCUCUAAAUCUCUGGCUGCAGGUUCAGCUUGAAUCACGUACAGCCUGUGUUCCUGCAGGGCAAGCAGAUUUCACCAACCCUUUAUCAGCCAAAGAGAGGAUCUUGAAUAAUUUGAAGAAGUUUGAUACUCCCAAGCCCCCUCUCCCGCUCCAGACAAUGAAAGCCCCUGUGCCAGUUAUUUCCUCUGCCAGUCUAGUGAGUCAAAAGGAAGCAGUUCAGCUCAUGCGUACGGACCUAAACAUGCUGCAGCAACACGCCAAAACUGCAGCUCUCUGGGAAUCCCAGCACGUUGCUCUGAAUAAUGAAUUACUGGACACGAUGCCUAAGCUGUUUGUGAACAGGGAAGAGCAGAUCACCCUCCACUUGGAGUGCCGGGGAACUUCCAAUAAGGGCUGUCAGGGAGCAGCUAUGCUCACCAUCCAGUUUGAAGGGAAGCACAAAAAUGAAGCAGUGAGCCAGCAGCUUCAUGCUCUGUACAAAGAAGUGAGACAGCUGCAGGCAGAAGCUACGAAGCCACCUUCCCUGGGCGUUGUGGAAGCAGCAGUGCACGUGGAGAAUUUUAUAACGGCCUUAAUAAAUAUCUACAAGGUGCAGCCCAUGCCUGCAAUUAAGGAAGUUGGGAUUAGUUUGUUUUUUAUGUUGGUGGAAUAUGUGUGUGAUGAAACUCAACGCAACCCUCCCACAAGGCAGUUCUUCACAUCCUGCAUUGAGAUCCUGGGCCAAGUGUUCAUCAGUGGGACCAAGUCAGAGUGCAGACGUCUGCUCCAGACCAUCCUGCAGAACCGAAGGCUCUGUACCCUCCUUUCUCCUUACUUUACUCCCGUUGCCUCUCCCAGUGAAUUCGUGGCUUUGUAUGAAAAAGUCGUGGCCUUUCUGAGCGAGGAUAACAGUGAUGUUGUCUUCAUGCUGCUGACAAAGUUCGACCUCGUGCAGUGGUUAAGCCUGGCUAAGCCACCUCUCGCUGAGCGUACCAAGCUUCUGGAGUCCCUUCAUUUGGCUCUCAAUGCAUGUGGCCUGGAACCUGAAGAGGACAUUUUGAUGCCAUUUAAUAUCUUCUGCAAGCACUGGACUAACCUCCUCCAGUAUCAGUUCCCUGACCACUACAGUGAUUUCCUAAGGCUGUUCGUGCAAAGCUCAUCAGAGCAGCUCCUAAGCCCUGACUGUUGGAAGGCAUCACUUCAAGCUUUGGGGUGUGAUUCACCAGUGGCUGAGCAGGGAAGCUUCAGGAAGAGUGAUUCUGCUGAAACUCCUGCAUUGAGGGAUGCUGCAAAAACUCUCCUGUCCCCAGAACAGGUCAGAGAGACGAUAGAAUGGCUUUCCACAUCCUUCUGCAAACUCCGACUGGCUUCAGUGGACUUCAUGACUUUUGGCCUGUUUUCAAAGUGGAGUCCUUACGUGGCUGAAGUGAAUGUAUUCAUGGAGUAUCUUGUUAAACGACUUAUUGACAGUGAAGUUGCUAAUUUAUCCCAAGAACCUGUGGGCAGUAGCACAGUUCUAGCAGUCCUGCAGUCUUUGUAUUCAAUUAUUUCUGGACUCUUUAAACCAUGGAUACUGGUCUUGGAAAAGGAAGAUGCAAGUAACCAGCCCUGCUACCCUUGGCUGGAGAGUGACACCCCUGUAGCCUCCACCGUGGUCUCUUUGUUUACAGAUUGCAUCAAGCUUUUGCACGAGAGCUUUAAAGAAAAGCUGUUGCCAAGCCAUCAUGGGGCUCUCUGGUUACAUCUCAUACAUUACUGUGAGUGUUGCACAGGCCCCAGAAUGCCAGAGUUUAUUCUCUAUGCCUUCCACACUGAGUUCAAAAGGCUCCCAUGGAAGGAAAUGCAUCCAGACCAGAUGCUGAUGGAAGAGUUCUUCAAAAUCGAAAGGGGCAGCCCCAAGAGUUGUUUCUUAUUCUUGGGUUAUGUUUUGUGUGAAUUAAACUGGGUCAGUGUCCUUUCUGAUGCCUGGAAUCCCAACCCUCACCCUCAGACUCACAGCAUGAUUGUCUGUUUGCUGUACAUGAUGGUCCUGUUGGCAAAGGAGGAAAAACUUAUUGGUGAAGAGGAGUCGCCACUCAUAAAUCUUCUUGGGCAAACCAGCUCCCUUCCUUGGCAGCUUGUGGGCAUUUCAUCUUAUCAAAGCAUCAUCAACUACUUCAACAGUCACUACCCUCCCUCUGUUAUCCUUGCUAAGGAUGCUGCAGCUGAACUGAUCGUGAAGCUCCUGAAGGUCUCAGCAGGCUUUGGGACGUCUUCGGAUAGUCACAUCCACCUCGACGCGACGCUGAAGUGCCGAGCGUACAUUCGCCAGGUGGUUCAGUUCCUCAGCACCUUGGAGCAGAGUGGGAAGAUUACCCUUGCAGUUUUGGAGCAAGAAAUGGCCAAGCUGCUGGAUGAUGUAGUCGUCUUUAAUCCCCCAGACACGGACCUGCAGCCGCGCCACCUGGCCCUCAGCAGCCUCUUCACGGAAACGCUGAUGAUGCUGAACAACUCCAGCAUCACCACGGCCGAGUCUCUCCGGGGGACCCUGCGGAGGUGGAUAGAGAGCAAAGUGCACGGGCUGCUGGCCAUGCCCUUGCUCACAGCGGCCUGCCAGAGCCUGGCCUCGGUGCGGCACAUGGCAGAGACCACCGAGGCCUGUAUCACCGCCUACUUCAGCCAGGAUUCUCCUCACAACCAGGAUUUAAGCUGGGGCCCUGUACUUGCCUCCCUCCAAGUUCCUGAGCUAACCAUGGAUGAAUUCCUGCAGGAGUGUCUUUCUUUAGGAAGCUACCUGACGCUGUAUGUCUACCUGCUGCAGUGCCUGAACACUGACCAAACUCUCACCAACGAAAUGAAGAUCCUGCUGACCAUCAGCAAAUGGCUGGAGCAGGUGUACCCCAGCUCAGCAAACGAAGAGGCCAAGCUGUUUCUCUGGUGGCACAAGGCCAUGCAGUUAUCCCUGAUUCAGAUGGAGCAGGAUGAUGCUGUUCUGAUCGAAUCCGUCAUCAGGACACUGCUGUCCAUCCAGGGCAGGCAGAGCCUGAUGGCUGAAGAGAGACUGACUUCUGGAAUACUUGGUGCUAUUGGACUGGGCAGGAGGUCUCCUCUGUCACCCAGGUUUCGGGUGGUUGCCCGCAGUUUGUCUGCUUUCCUCCUGGUGCAGAUUCCUGCAGAGAGCCAAGUGCGCCUGAAAGCCGGGUCGGAGCCCAGGCUGUCUCAGAAGGCUCAGCAGGCACUGAGCACUCUCGAAUCCAUGGCGUCAAACAAGCAAUACGUGGAGUACCAAGAGCAGCUCUCCCAGGCUUCUGUGUUCAUCAGGCAUCCAGAGCAUUGUCUUCGGGAUGGCAACAACCUGCUGGCUCUCCUUGUCAACACCCUGUACCCAGAAGUGCAUUACCUGGACACCAUCCGGUAGCGGCGCUGAGCUCGCGGGGCCACCGCUCAGUGCCCACUGCCCUGGUUUACAAACAGUAUUUUUUUUGUCCCUGCUGCACAAAUAACUUUUACCUUCAGAGUUCCACUUUAACUAAGUCAGAAUGGUUUGAUUGUUUUUUUUUUUUAGGCCUGUGGAAUUGCCUUUUUUUUUUUUUUUUUUUUUGACUGACUGAAAGCACUUGAAUAUCCUCCUGUGUGUGGUGCACUUCUGAGAGGAGGGUACCUGGGGACAGGUGUACAAAUCAUUAGCAAAGCUCAUCCUGGAGCGUCUGAAGUUUUUGCGUGGUGCCUUUUUUAUUUUCCGAUGUGUCAUCACUCAGGCCAGUUCAAAUUUACUAGGGGAUUGUGUGUAAAAGAGGUUUGACUUUCUUAACCAAGGAUACCUCUGAGUCUUACCUGAGUGUGUGUCUAGUGAUUUUUGUGAAAUCCCUGUGUUUGAAAAGAUGGUUCUUUAAAUUUCGAUUUCUUUUUGCUAUCCCACAGAAAUCUGUAGUUGAAAGGCAUGCCUACAAUCUUCACCCACUUCUGUAAAUAUGAAGAAAAAUUGGAACUGAGAAACUUUGGGGUUUUUCCUAUUUUCUAAAUAUUUUAGUGUGUCUGCAUAUAUAUUGCUUGGUUAAAUGCAAGUAACUUCUAGCCAAGUUCAAGGGGAUUUAAAUCCAGAAACAGAUUUUCUGGAUCUCUGGUUUCUGGGAGGGGAACAGUCAGUUAUGAUCAUGUUACAUAGGAUUCCUUAAUUCUUCAAGUCUGGUUGUAUAGGAAAUACUGAUUUAACAAAGUGUCCACCCACCACUUAAGUUUAUUUUCUUCUGCCUGGCUGGGCACAACAUGAUGAGAUUUUUAGAGGACACAGUGAAGGGGUAUUUUUGUUGUGUUAAAUUUGGUGAUCACUUGUUACAAUUCUGUUGCCAAAGCAUGAACCACGAGCCUGUAAAAUCUGUAGUUUUAGCUGAGUGAUCGCUGGUUUUGUUGCCUUGUCUGAUCAUAAGAUGCACUUUUGUUUAGGGAAAGCAGGAGGUGAAUUUUUCCCAUGGCUUGUUUGACGUCCCUUUUGUCACUGAUGUGUUUGAGGUGGCCCAAGGUCCUAAAGUCCCAGUCCCUACACCUUUGUGAAGGAACUGAUGGCUUUUUGUCCCCCUCCAUUAAUUGUGCCUUUGUGUUUAUGACACGGUUGCACAUUAACACAUGAGUUCUGGUCACUAGGGGAUAGAAAUGUGCUACCUACUGUCUGGUAGUGAUGCUUUGAACUGUUGCUCCGAGCCGUGGUUCUGGUGCUGCAGAGCAGAUCAGCUUUUUCUUCUUGCCAGAUUCUGCUAAUUAUGCCAGCUGGGUCAUUAGAUCACCGCCAUAUUAAUGUGGUCUUAGAGUUCUUUGCUCUGUCUGCGAGCCUAUAAAUAGAUAUACAUAUGUACAUCCCUCUGUAUAUUAACCAGAUACCAAAUGCAGCAUGUUUUUUAACACUCUUUUGGAAAAUUCGGGUCUGGAGGAAUACAUUCGUCUGCUUUCCACCCACCCCACCCUCAAAGACUUAAAAGCACUGGUUUUAUGAGAUUCAGUGUUACUGAUCAGUUGCAUAUAAAUGUGAAAAAGUCAGAAAUGCGUGUUUGAGAUGCACUUUCAAAAUGAGGAAUUGUUUCAGCUGUGGAGUUUUUACAAAUGUCGUGUUUAUAACAUGCUAUGUUUGCAAAGACCAUGCAAAAAAAUGAAAUAAAUAAAAUAAAUAAAUAAAGUAUUAUUUGUGACA